AUGAGGCAGCAGCGUGCCAUCCGAGACUUCCUUCCCGUGCAGAAGAAGGGAGCUACCAAAUCUGCUGGUAGCAAGCCUGCUGCCAAAGGAGCUAGUGCACCAACACCUGCUCCAACCAAGCAAGAAGCGGCUCGAAUCAUUGACAAUGUCCGAGCUAAUAAAAGACAAAAGAAGGUCGUCUCAGAGGACCCACCUACUCCAGUGCCACCGACAGUUAUCGAUGAACCCAAACGCGAUGUAGUCGAGAUAGUGGUACCCGUCGUGGAGCCUGAUGUCGUGUUGAAACCAGAUCCACCAAUAGAAUUCAAAACGCCCACAAAAAAUCGUUCUAGAAGGAAUCUGGUUGAAGAUGUGAUAGUGGUGGAGAAGUCAGCAUCGAAGACACCCACGAAAAGUCCUAAAAGGAAUCUUGUUGAGGAUGUGAUUGUUGUUGAGAAACCACCUGCAUCUAGUUCGCAAAAGAGGAGAGUCGCAGACGACGAUGUCUCAGAAGCUGAGUCUUUGCCUGAUCUGGUGAUUAGCUCAUCGCCAGCUUCUGUAAAGAUCCAACCGCCAUCAAGUCCUAUGGGUCCCAUGAGUCCUAUGAGUCCAGGACCGACUCCAUUGAGAACUGUAUCAAGUGCCACACCCCUUGUGCCAGCACACGUCAAGUAUCGACAUUUGGUAGAACCUGGAGUUCGAUUACCUCUGCCAGCCAAGUAUCGAGCGCUAGAACAAAUUUUUCAUGCCUUGGAACAUACCGUCAUGUUUGUGAAGAGUAGAGAUCAAAGUGCUACAUUCCAUCGUGUGAAGAAACCAGUCGAGAAUACUGCUAAUAGAACAUUUGAACUAUCACAUUUGGCACAGAUUGUGACCGUGUAUCCAGAGGCAUACACAAUGACCCCAGUUCGUAUCAUGGAUAAAGGAAUUCGGGUUGAGUCGUUGGCUAUAGAGUUUGCUAGGAAUGCUACUGGUGCAGACAUCAAGAAAGCCAGUCUUGUAGCAGAAUCGAAUGUGUGGCUUCCUCGGCGUGAGACAUUUCACGAUCGUUUACUGGAUCGUGUGAAGACGGAACAUGCUAAAAUGCUGCAAAAGCUGAAAUUCAAGCUAAAAUAUGAUCCGAUGCAAGUAUCUGCAUGGCAUCCAAGAUUCGAAUUGGAAUCCGUUCCCGAUAUUCCAGAAGCAGUAUUACCGGCUUUUCCUCCACGAGAAGUCAUGACGCUGGAGGCACUACUCGAAGCACGCAAGGCGAGUACCAAUGGUAAAUUGAAGGAACCCGAGAAAGUGAAACCAAUAGUACCAACACCUCAGCCAUCGCAGCCCAUUAUGCCACCACCAACUCCUCAGACACCAACACCAUCAACUAAACCUCAAACAAAGGCAUCGGCUAUGCUGGAACGUAUUCGUGAAAAGGAACGACUCAAAUUGGAAGCAUCCCUCUUCAGUCACAUACCUACUCCAGAAGAGACGAAACGUAGAGUGCGAUUGAGUCGGUUGGAAGAUGUUAUUCAAUGUCUCCUAGUGUUGUAUGUCUCAUCACGCAAGAAUGUGCUGCCAUUAAGUACAGUAUCACAACAUGUUGCCAACGGCCACAAAGCCCAACUAUCUGAAUCGGAAGCCCGUGAACAUUUGAAGGUUUUGGCUGAAGUUUUGCCUGAAUUUUGCAAACUUAUUGGCGAUCAGAAUAAUUUGUUGAGAUCUGUUAAUAGCAACCUCAAGGUCAUAUUUUGCACGAAACCCCUUGACGACAAAUCCGGCAUGAUUUCAGAUCAAUCAAUGGUGAUGACGGCCAAUCUUCCCGAGAUCAAACGAGGACCAGGAAGGCCACCAAAGAACAAGCCGCCUAAACUUAAUAUGAACAUAGUUCGACCUAUACUGGAACCGACCUCUGCAAGGUCAUCGAUACCCGCACUCAUUACGCUGAAAUCUCAAAGUUUUAGCAGUCUUGGAUCUGCUUCUUCUCAGACCAGCUUUGCUGAUUUGGACAAGAUCUUUUUUCACCCACCACCACCUCCAUUGCUUCACGGACUACCACGAGAAGUAUGGGCAAGAACCAUUUCAUACCUCGACACACCAUCAACCUUUGCGCGAGUCAGUCGACAAACAAAAUCAAUCUGUGAAGAUCCACACUCGAAAGCAGGAUUCCUACGAUUUCGAUAUGGAACUCGGAUGGCACUCGUACAAGCCUUCCUCAAGCAUCGCAAAGUGCUGACUCAUGAAGUCGCCAAAAUGCUGCUAUCAACCGGUGCACUACUACCACGAUACAUGAUUCAGAUGGUAGUCCAAGAAACCCGUUUCGUUGUACCGUAUUCCAAGAUGAAGUUUGUGUCGCUGAUACUAAAGAAUGGAUUGAAACUCUAUGGAUAUCAGUUGCAAGCAAAAGACGAUGAUGUGGAUGUGUUUUACAGAUACCUUUUACGGAACUCGAUGCCUGGCCUAAUCAGCCCUAGUACUAUGGGCAUGCCGAUGGGUCAAGCCACAAGCAGUUCUCCAGCAUCGUAUAUGUCAACAGAUCCAAAUACACCGUCAUCUGUAUACAGUCUCUCUCUACCACAGGACCAACAACCACAACAGCUACAGCAGCUACUACAACCAAACAUGAUGUUAAACCCAACACCAUUAGAAACCAUCCGAGAUUUGGUAGUAAAAUAUCAUUUCGCUCCCACAAUGGAAGAUCCCGUGCUAUUAGCAGGUCGACGAGCAUACAUGAUAUGGAGACUCUUACACGAUGAUCCAACACUACUCCCAAUCUUGCAACAUAAUGGUCUAGAUUGCAAACCACUAAAUGAUGCCGUCGUGCUUAACGCAUUCUUCCGAAAGCACCCACUUUUACCGAAUCUAACUGUUUCCGAAUCCGUCAAGAUAUGCUUAGCCUCAUCCUUCAAAUUCAAUGAUGAGCUAGUAUUGAAACUGAUGAUGCAUGACCGUUUACACGAUUCGCAACUAGUAACUCUCAAACAAUAUUACACACGCAACCAAUUAGAUGCUUUUGCCACUCAGGCUGUAGAAAGGCUUCUGAAUCCCUCUAAACUGGUGAAUUUGCUGCAUCGGGCUGAUCCACGACACCCUGUUGGUGUGAGGAUGCUAUUGGGACACCUUACAGUAUCGAAUCCGAUCCUCAUGAAUCUGUUGACUAUGGAACCUGGUGAUGCAUUGACUGAUUGGGUUGCUCAAAGUGAAUUUAGAAGGACUAGGUUACGCUGGGUAGUCAAAGUGUUUGGUCAAGAUCAUCUUGUUGCUCAUGGCUGUAUGGAAGACUACCUGAAAUGGCUGUAA